UCAUUUUCAUUCGUCUCACGACAAAAUUCAAGCAUUUCAUUGUCCAGGAAUUCAAGAAACGUGAUUAAAAAUCCAGAAAAAUGGCUUUGCGUGCCCAAUUUGAGAAUCAGGACGACAUCGGGGUCUUUGCAUCCCUCUCGAAUUCGUAUUGUUUAGUAGCAAUCGGUGGAUCUGCCGCCUUUUACAGUGUUUUCGAGGCAGAAUUAGCUGAAACGAUUCCCGUCAUUCACGCCAGCAUUGCCGGAUGUCGCAUUAUCGGUCGCUUAUCAGUGGGAAACAAGAACGGAUUGAUCGUGCCAAGUUCGACGACAGACGUUGAAUUGCAGCACUUGCGAAAUAGCUUGCCGGAUAGCGUUAAAAUUCAACGAGUCGAGGAACGAUUGUCAGCUUUGGGGAAUGUAAUUGCGUGCAAUGACUAUGUGGCGCUCGUGCAUCCCGAUUUGGACAAGGAAACAGAGGAAAUUGUGUCAGAUGUGUUGGGCGUCGAGGUUUUCAGACACACAUUAGCGAACAAUCCGUUGGUAGGAGCGUACUCGGUGCUUAGUAAUCAAGGCGGUUUGGUACAUCCCAAGACAACGACACAAGAAAUGGACGAAAUUUCGUCAUUAUUGCAGAUUCCAUUAGUGGCAGGAACAGUCAAUCGCGGAAGUGAAGUGUUGGGAGCAGGUGUCGUGGUAAAUGAUUGGUGUGCCUUUGCUGGAAUGAGCACGACUUCAACAGAAUUGUCGGUGCUUGAAAGUGUAUUUAAAUUGAAUGAAGCGCAACCCACAGCAAUUACCACUGGUUUACGAGCUUCUCUUAUCGAAGCGAUGUCUUAAAUUAACAAAGGAUAUUUUCUAUUUUUACUUUAAAUUUAUCUGCUAUCGGAAAAAACGCAUGAAUAAAUAAUAAUUAUUCGUGAAAA